AUGUGGAACGGAGAAGGCGAGGAAGAUUUUCCUGUCGUUGCUGAAGUUCCAGCUACUCGUCGCACCGGUGUUAACUACAACUCCGAACGUGGAUACAUCUACCACAAGCAAAAGACGCUAUUGGAAGAGAUCGUCUACAUCUGCAAAAAUCAAAAGAAGGUUAAGGGGAAUUGCAACGCUAGACUCAGGAAAAAUAGACAAACCGGUGUGUUCCGUAAAGAUGGCUCUGUGCACAACCAUCCACCGGAGUCACAUCUGCAACAACAAUUAGCCUUUAUAAACGCCUGCGCCCAAGAGGCAUUGGUCUCUCGCGAUCCACCCCGUGAAAUUUUCGAUCGGAUUCGUCGGGAGUUUCCAGGCCUUAUCGUGAGCUACAACGACGCUAUGCAGCGUCGCAUCCAGCGGGCCAAGCGUAGUGUGCAGCCACGGAUCCCUACAACUAUUGCUGAGGCCGAAGAACUCAUAAUGGAGCAUCCUGAAUACAAAGAUGCAUUCGAAGGUGGCGUUUUCUACCAAGGGCGAGUCCAAACGGCCGACGGAGGGGAUGCGUUUGUCUUUAUUUCACCAAAGCUGCUCCCUGAAAUUGCGCAGACCAUUGAACUGCAAGCAGACGGAACUUUUAAAAGUCUUCCUUUAUUCUUCAAGCAGCUUUUUACUCUUCAUGUAAGCCGCUUUGGACAGGUAUAUCCUUUUGCGUUCGUUUUGAUGAACAAGAAGACCCGUCAGCUCUACGACGCUGUCCUUGACAAGAUUUUGACUGUGUAUGACGAUCUUUAUCCGGACGUGUACCUCAACGUUGAGAGACUUAUGUCAGAUUUCGAAAAUGCCAUUCAGUCAUCCUGCGAGCAAGCCUUUGUAGGCUGUACCUGCAUUGGCUGCUGGUUCCAUUAUGGACAGGCAAUUUGGAGGAGAGUCCAGAAAUAUGGCCUUACGGGCGCAUACCGGAGUAUACCUACUGUCUGUCGUAUCGUCAAGGAAAUGAUUGCUCUGGCCCUCCUACCAGCAGAUGCAAUAUUAGCAGGCUUCCAGGAUAUCAAAAAUACCCACAGAGAAGAUCUUAGGAGAGAAUCGGUCGAGAUCCAGGCGGCGAUCAAACGUCUUAUGGACUAUUACUACGGCUACUGGAUCGACACCAUUACUCCAGAAGGAUUUAGCGUAUUCCAAAUGCCCAACCGCACCAACAAUCUCGUGGAGGCAUGGCACAGAUGGUUCAACAAACGCUGUGGAGGAAGUCAUUUGAACUUCUGGGAUUUUAUACAUGCACUCAAAGAAUCCGAAAAUGCAAAGAUGCGGGAUUAUCAAGCAGACGAGAUAAAAGGGGCGGAUUACAUCAAACCAAAGACACCGUUCCAGCGUCGAAGGGAUUCCCAAAUUGCUGAAAAUGAGAGAUUGUACUUGGCGUCGGAUCGGAAAGCGGAAGACAUACGCAAUUUUCUCGUUAGGGCAAGAUAUUUCACAGAACCUGAUCUAAGCGCUCCUGUACAGGAUGGAGUAGCCUUACAUCAAGAAGGCCAUCAAGAUCAACCCGAAGGCGCAGUGGAGCCUGUGGUCCAACCUAGGCGACGGUAUCUAGCUGGUACAGCAAGACCUGCAACUUCUUUGGAUAAUGGUGUUGCAGACGAGCCUGUUAAUCCUGCCGAUCCUGUAGAGAACGCUGAUCCCAAUGUGUCUGCUGAUGUUGCGGUGUCUGCUACUCCAACAGAGCAAGAUGGUCCCUUAGACGUCACUGGCGCUGAUGUUUUAGAAGAAACCGCUAAUCAGCCUGCACCUACAGGCCGUGGCCACCGCAGACGUCGGCCGCCUGCAAGCCUAAGUCCAGGUGGUGAUUUCAUUCUUCCUCCUUCUCGCAGACCUCGCUUGGACCCAAACACAGCCGCUAUCCGUCAAGCUGCACCCUCUGGUACAGUCCGUGGACGACGGGGUCGUGGCCGCGAAACACGAUCCCAGCCCAAUGGUGUUGCGCUCACGGCCAUAAAUCGAGUCAGCAAAAUCGUGAACUACGUCCGUCACAGUGUCAUUGACACUAAGACGUUGGACCCAACGUUGCAAGGAAGAUUGAAUGCUACCAAGAAACACGGGAAAUUACUUGCGGCUGAACUGAAGACUCUAAAGGAAUUAGUAACCGUGUUGGAAACAUUCAAAGAAGCCACGGACGAGUUCCAAGCGGACUCUGAAACGGUUGGAGUAGUCAUCCCGGCAUAUAUUGACAUGUUAACUAAGGUCAUCCUGACUACCACUUAUACUAAUGGCCGGAUCUUACCCAACGCUGCGUGUCCGCUACAGAAUGUGACCUCGCAUUGUAAAGAAUUUGUCCCAGCGCUCAAGGCUUCUUUGGAGAAACGCCUGUCUUAUGUUCUUCGAAACAACUUCUAUAUUAUAGGUGCAUUGCUGGACCCUCGCUUUAAAAAAUCUUCUGUGAGACCAACGGGAAGUAUAACAGAGUCUCACGUGUUGGGUGCUGUUAGGACAGAGAUCGAAAAAUUCUACCGCGAAUAUGCCCCUCAAUCUUCCGACACGGAACGCCAACCUACGCAAGAACAAACAGAAGAAAUCGUCGGCCCUACACAACCAAAAAGAAAAUCGCGCUCACUCUACAGCACGGUUAUUGAGCCACGACGAUCCAGUUCAGUGGGUAGCAGUAAAGCUCUUGAGGAGCUGGAAAUUUACCUGAACGAGCCAACCCUACCUAUGGAAGAUCGUUUUUCUGUAUUAUCUUAUCUUAUCUUAUCUUUGGAAUCAGCAAAUUAUCUUAUCUUAUCUAGAUAA